AUGCGAUUACAGCGGAUAUCAGUUAUCUCCCUUGCGCGGAGCGGGGUGCGCGGUAGAGCGAGCGAGACGCCGAGGGCAGCUGCAAGCGAAACAGCUGGUCGCGAUUGCGCGGACCGCAGCGGGGCGGGGAUGAGUGGCCCGGCCGGCAGCUGCGACGCAUCUGCCGCCGCCGCGCUCAGACAUGUUAAGCAAGUGGUGGCAGGACACAUAGCGCGCAUGGAUAACAACCGAUGGAUCCGCUGGUCGCCCAGCGAGAAUGACGACAUCGUCAAGCAACCUCCUCCCAGUGCUGUACUGGAGGAUAAUGAAGAAGGCCUACGUCCAGAGGUGCAUUGCCCAGAGGCUGAUGAUGAUUUGCUCAUACAUGCAAGGUAUAUAAAUAGAUUAUUCCAAUUAUAA